UUGGACACCAAAACCCUCGGGAAAUAAAUCUUUUACGGCUUGGAUCGGUAUCUCCGUUGGGUGGCUGCCGCAGAGACUGGAUCGCUCGUAGGGAGGAGGAAGGAGGAGUUUGCAGGGAUGGCGAGCGGCGCGAAAGUGGUUCUCGAUGACAUUCCGUCGCUGGAUCUGAUGACGGAGCUCCUCCAGCGCAUGAAGUGCGCAUCCAAGCCCGAUAAGCGUCUCAUUCUCAUCGGUCCGCCAGGUUCUGGAAAGGGUACCCAAUCUCCUAUGAUUAAAGAUGAAUAUUGCUUAUGCCAUUUGGCAACGGGUGAUAUGUUGAGAGCUGCUGUGGCUGCUAAGACACCACUUGGAAUUAAAGCUAAAGAGGCAAUGGAUAAGGGGGAUCUUGUUUCUGAUGAUUUGGUUGUUGGCAUUAUUGAUGAGGCUAUAAAAAGACCAUCAUGCCAGAAGGGUUUCAUUCUUGAUGGGUUUCCAAGGACAGCCAUUCAAGCAGAAAAGCUUGAUGAGAUGCUGGCAAAGCAAGGUACCAAGAUUGACAAGGUGCUGAACUUUGCUAUUGAUGAUGCCAUAUUGGAGGAGAGAAUUACAGGCCGUUGGAUUCAUCCACCUAGCGGAAGAACUUAUCAUACAAAGUUUGCUCCUCCAAAAGUUCCUGGCAUCGAUGAUGUAUCAGGAGAACCCUUGAUUCAGAGGAAAGAUGACACAGCUGAAGUCCUAAAGUCAAGGCUUGAAUCUUUCCAUCGACAAACUGAACCAGUUAUCGACUAUUAUGCCAAAAAGGGUGUUGUCGCUCAACUUCAUGCGGAGAAGCCCCCCAACGAUGUCAUCAUUCAGGUGCAGAAAGCUCUUUCGUGAAGAGGAGAAACGAAACCUCCCGCGGUUCGGCAUUACAUUUUGACGUCUCUUUAAGUUAUACAAAAAUUUUCCCUUUCAUGCAUGAAAUCAGAGAGCUUCGUUCAAGCUGCCUGAAUGCUUUUCCAUGCUCAGGGAAACUUUUACAAUUGCAUCAGCUUUUGAUUUGAAAUAAUUAAUCGGUAUUUUCUGAUGAAACAAAGAGUUUUGUGGUUGUAUGAUUCACAGGAAACAGUGAACUGUAGAGUUAACCUCAGUUUUUUGAGGGAAUAAACUUCAAAUUCUGCAACUUGCCAGCUUUCUGAA